AUGUCCACCCUGUCUGGCUCUGUGUCCUUCUGCGUGAUCUGCGCCAAGACGCUGCUGCUCUUUGACGGCAUGCAGAAACACGUCUCGUUCGAGGAGACGCUGCGAACGUCGCUGCUCGCGGAUUGGCGUCUGACGUGGAAGUUCGAAACCCCAGCGACCGUGUCCUGGCACCAGUUCAGCAAGCAGGCGGCCAGAGUUGCGCUCAUGGUGAAGCACAAACGGGGAUACAGUUGGGGAAUUGGGAGCUUUAUGCUGCAUCCCGACCCGCGUGUUGCGCUGCCCGGCGUCGCGGAGUCUGAGCGGAAAAGCCUCCCAGAGGAUUACGGCACUGUUCUCGAAACCAUGGCCAAGGUUGCCUCGUGGAUGCAGGAGUGCUUCUCGACACACAAGAAAUGCCAACAGCUGUUCGGGAAAGACGGUCCGGGCCUGCCUGUCGCCCAUUGGUUCCCGGACCGCCUCAUCCGAAUCACCAGAACUGAGAGCUCGGGAUCGGCUUGGCUCAACACCCGCCUUGUGCUCAAAUCCGACUUGACCGACUUCCCGGCUGAUACUUCCCAAGAGGGUGUGCAAUACUUGUCCUUCUCCCAUUGCUGGGGCCCAGAGCCGAAAGGAGGUCGCGGCGGUAGUGUGCUCACUCAAGUCACCAUUAAUGACUGGCACAAGGAACUGCCGUUGGACAGGAUGCCUCUGGCCUUCCGACACGCUGUCAGGGUGUGCGCGUCGCUGGGGUUCGACCACAUCUGGAUCGACAGCCUAUGCAUCCUACAGGACAGCGUGCGAGACUGGCAAGAGCAGAGCGCCGUCAUGGCCGACGUCUACAAAUUCGCGUGGCUGAACAUUGCUGCCCUGUCGACGGGGUCCGACUACGAAGGGUUCAUCAACGAGGCCCGCGAGCCACGCGCCAUCUUCGGCUUUCGGGCUCCGUUGGCGCCCAUCCUUGGCGUCGCAAAUGGAGCCUUCCAAGGACGCGCUUGUGCACUUUUGGAUGGGAAUGUAACGCUGCUCUGGGACAUACAGCGUGAUCUUCCCGGAGGUGGCGACUGGUUGGCGCCGCUGUUUACUCGCGCGUGGGUGUACCAAGAGCGAAGCCUGGCUCGCCGUACCCUUGCCUUUGCCACCCACGGCGUGUUCUUUGCCUGCGAUGAGGCUAGCUACGGGGAAAACCUCAAUGGCAUGGAUGGUGUCAGCACCAGGGGCUUCGGCUCGCGACAUCUUCUGCACUCUGUGACCGACAAGGCGGCGGCGCUAGCUGCCGAGGCUGUUGCCGCCGGGAACGUUCCGUCGCCUGAGCGACUGCAACAGGAAGCCCUCAAUCUUUUCAAGCGCUUUGGCAGCACCUGGAACGGUGCCGUGUCAGACUACACGAAAUGCAAGCUCACCAAAGACACAGACCGGCUGGUAGCCAUCUCUUCGAUCGCACGAGAGCUGGCCAACUCGAGAAUUCUGGGACAGAAGCGCUACCUCGCCGGCCUAUGGGACAUAAACCUAAUCUAUCAGCUAGGGUGGAUGGCAAACGGACGGGACAGUCCGGGACGCCGGAAACACGUAGGCGCCGAAGGAUAUGUGGCGCCAAGUUGGAGCUGGGCGAGUGUUGAGGUACCCGUGACAACUUGUGGCGCCUUUUACCCUGACCCGCUCGAAGUGCGGGCUCUCACCGACGUAAGAGCCGCAGAUGUCGAGCUGGCGACCGAGUUUCCCUUUGGCCCUGUCAGUGCUGGGUGGGUCCGACUCCGGGGGUGUCCAAAGGCUAUCUCGGGUUCAUUUACCAAGCCAAACUACGACUACGAAGGCAGCUCAGGCUACGAGAUGGUCGCGUCCCGUGCCGGGCUGAGCAAGGUGGUCUGGGUGCCACACAUGCUCACCGCGCACUCCAGUAUGGUGUCUUGCAGCGCCCUCGUCUUCGCCGAAGUGACGCCCGGCGAAGAAUCCGGGUGCGGCGGCACCUUUGUCAAGCCAGGUGAGAAGGUGUACAGGAGACUCGGAACAGGCAACUUUGGUCGGAUACCAAGCUUGUUUCGGAACGACAAGCUCGUCAUGGCCUUGGGGACAUUUCCCGAUGCCCCGAGAUGA